AUGCAUAGAACACUACAACGGCGGGCGCUGGGCUUUGAAAGCCUUGUGGGCCUCGUGAAAUCAAUCGCUGCCGACUCGGGUCAGGCCAUCCACGACGCAGACGGAAGCUCACGGGUUAUGAAAAGGCUACAGGCUGUGUUGGAUGGAACCGUCGCGCUUGCAUUAGAUCACCCGUUCCAUACACCCGUUAUCGCGCGGCAGUUGGCGAAUGUGACAUCGAGGAUCAACGUGAAGGGAAAACACCGAUGUGUAACCUGCGGGGGCACUUGCGAUGAUAUACACGUGGAAAUCAUACGAUGUGUGGACCGGGCGCUGCCGUAUCUGGCCCCCAAGGGAAUCACGCAACUCAUGGCGUUGUACUUGCCCUGCCGCAACCCGCAUAUGCAAGGCACGCUGCGCAACAUAGAACUGAGAGGCGCGUUUAUCAUGUUUUGCGCGAUAAUCGCAAAUGCCGAAAAUAAGGCCGAAAUCGCGUCUGAGGUGGCAAACAGAUUGCGAAGGUCGUACAACGGCUGCAUGCCAUCGAGCAACGGUGAUGAGGCAUUCGCAAAAUUCCUCAACUUAGGCGACUUAGACGGGUGCCACAACGCUGGUGAAUGUCUUGAAAUGCCCCAAUACGAAGUGACAAUACGGGACGUAUGUGAGGCUGUUUGCGCCGUCAGUGAAGAGAGUCAUAAUAGCGACCUACUGCUAUACCUCACGCAUCUCAGAUUACAACAGAUAGACAUCGACACUAUCAAACCCAAUGAAGUCAAAACUGUUUGCAGGAUAUUGCACGCUCUGAGCAAGCGCGGAUACCGCGUGGAGUACAACAGUAAGUUGGCAAGCAGCAUAUGCGAAAAACACGCUCGCUCGAUGAAUGCCAAAGACAUAUCCUGCAUUUUUCAGGCAGUACAAUUCCGAGAUGAGGCUGCGCUUGUUCCGCUCUUAAGGCGAAUAGAGGCCAUCCUGAGCAAAAAAACACGACAGAAUGCAGUUGACGUCAAGUCGGUCUCCGUCCUCAUCACGACUAUAGCGAGCAUCGCGCACCCGGGAAAUGUUGAGUGCCUUCAUACACUCAAAAGGUGCGCAGAAGCAAUUAUAGGUGACGUCAAGCGAGAUGCUGCAAUAAUCGGGCGACCUGAAACAUUCACGGCCGUGGUCAUGGCACUGGAGAAGCUGCAAGCUUUCAGGUGCAACCAGGGCAUAAACCGAUGUUUCGGGACUAUGAUAGGCUACAUGUUACAUAAUCGGCAACUUUGGGUGGCGAUCAAGCGAACAUAUGACCUCAACCAAUUGCUUGCCAUUCUUGCGGCUAUCCGGACACGAGCUAAAGGCGAUGAUCACACUCGGCACAAGCCUACACCGAAUGUUUUUGUUGGAGAAGUAUCAGAACUUGUGCUUAUAUCUGGAUUGGAAACGGCGAUAAAGCGCCUGUCAGACCUGUACGUGGCAGGCCUAGCUAUGAUUAAUUCUCGCGCGGAGGGUGUCGACAAUACGCUGAUAAGAAACCUCUGCCAUUUUCUGGCAAUAUACCGGGAGCAUGACCUAUGCGAAAUCCGAAGACUUGAUGAAGAGUUUAAUCGUGAACUUCUUCACACGUUACGCCGUAGGCACGACUGCAUGACGCCAGUAGAUGUCAUCGAGCUUGUGCUCUAUCUUAUGACAGUGGAUCCACAGGGUGCAAAUUUGGCAACGAUGCAAGCAGCCGCAAUAAAAAGAGCAGAGACAGACUCCAACGUAGACGAACGACAAUGGGCACGGAUACGCAGACUCGUUUCUCAUUGUAAGCAGAAAUAA